AUGCUGACCGAAGAUCAGAUGAACAAUGUCUCUUCGUCUGAAAUAUUACAAAGCACAAACGCCGUCUACGUCGAUCCAGGUGUCUAUACUUCCAAUGCUGGUAGUAUUCAGUGUCAAUCUCCUUGCACCUUCAUCAUGCCGCCAUAUGUCCUGCCAGAUCAUGAGACUACUACCAUAUCGUUCGAGCCUUACACCACGACUCUGACUGUUGUCUGGAUGGCGACAUCUAACAUAACGACUGGGAGUGCCGUAGUUCCCACUACAGCCUCCAGCAGCGUGAUCCAGACGACCGUUCUCGACAUCCCUCCUAUCACAACCACCGCAAUACCCAUAUCGGAUGUAACGUCCACAACGGACGGUGGCAUCACGGACCUUGCGAUUGUACCCUCUAUUCAACCUGCACCUUUUGUCAUAACAGAUGAUCCAAAUCCGCUCGGAGAGACUGGUGUCAGCCACUCACAAAGUACACGUACAGUGACGCUAUCAGCCUACUCUGCCACCUCGUCAUCUACUUCCGAGGAUUCUGAUACUGGACCAUUAUUUCCAAUCGUUCCCGUCAUACCCAUUAUACCCAUCAUACCAGUCAUUCCUGUGGUCAUUGGAGUGGGCACACCGAGUCCAGUAUGUUUGGAUGCCAGCUGCGACUCUGGAGACUCUCCUGAUCAGAACAGUGAUUUGACGUCUUCCGCAACCUCAAGCGCCCUACCCACAUCUGAGCUCACCUCCUCGUCUUCAAGUCUUGAUCUUACGUCGUCCCAGGCAGUAUCAUCUUCAUCCUCUUCAACAGUAACCUCGUCCUCGUCGACGUCUAGUUGUACCACCUGCACGUCAUGCGCUGGCUUCGAUAUACUUGGUCCUGAAAUUACAGAGAUUCCGAGCGAUGAAGAUUUUCCAGAAUAUCCCUGGAUAGAUCCGAAUAUCUAG